UGUCCGUUGCCACCCAGAGAGCUGCCACCGUCGGGGAGUCGGGGCGUCUGCAGCUUAUUGCCCUCCAAGAAGCAAUAGCAGUAAACCAGAGAUCAGCUUCCCUUACAGCUGUCUGUAAAUUUAGACUGUCAGAACGAGACAACUAGAGGAGCCAUGGAGCCCAGACUUUGCUUUGGAAGCUGCACUAGAUGUGGGGAAGCCGUGUUUUCUGCUGGAGGAGCCUGCAAGGCGAUGGGACAUUUAUUCCACAACACCUGCUUCACCUGCAGCGUCUGCAACAAACAGCUCAAAGGACAGCCGUUUUUCACCGUGUCAGGACACAUCUACUGCGAGGAUGAUUUCUUGUUCUCUGGAGUUCACCCAUCUGAAGAAACGUGUUACAGUUGCGGGAGUUCAAUCACAGAUUUGGCAAGGAUUUUCUUGUUUACCCGCAUGAGUUCACCUCUUUGUAAACCUUCAUGUUUAAAACAACUGAAGCUACACAUUCAGGUUCUGCAGGCUCGGGGGAAAUCGUACCACCCGACCUGUUUUCACUGCGUGGUCUGCAGACAGGAGCUGCAGGGUCAGGCCUUCGCUGUGGACUCAGACUGCAGGGUUUACUGUGUCACCGACUAUCACAGGGUCCAGUCUCCCCUCUGCGGUGCCUGCAGGAAGCCGAUACUGCCUACAGAGGGAUCUGCAGAGUCAAUUCGAGUGGCAUCAUGUAACAAAUACUAUCAUGUAGAGUGCUACAGCGGUGAGGUCAGCCUCAUUUAAUGGAGAUGAGUGUAUUAUUGUGAUGUUUUAUACAAUGUCUCAAUUAAAUAAAUAUUUUGC